AUGGUUUCCCAAUUAUGCUGGGGCUGCCUUUCGACAACGGGGCUUCGCCAAACAUCGCGAGCCCUGUUGCAUCCAGCUCCUGCUGCUCCCCAGCAUUAUCGUCAAUUGACCGCCAGAACGACCACUUCCCUCUUCCACACGAGCGCAACUCGAUAUGCAAACCCGCUACAGAAAAAAUCCAAAAGCAUGGAAGGCGCACCGAAAUUUCGUGAAUCCAAGUCCGCGCGUAUGCGAAAGCCGAAAAAGGCGACGGUAGACCGCGGUCGUCCACCAGCCAUCGGAGAACGGAAAGCGCUCAGAAAGAGGAUUGUUUUGAGUAAUACCAAUGCCUUAGAGGUUCCUGGUAUGCAGGAAUUCUCAGAGGAGACGAUGGUUGAUACUCGAAUUCGCGGGUCGGUGCUUGGGUUACCCGUGCCUAUGAUUGAUCAGUUGAGAGCUCUGCAGGCAUUUAAGCCUUCUCAGGGCUGGUCACUUUUCCGUCGUCCGGGUGUUGUUUUGAGACGUGAGACGUUGGAGAUGGGUCGGAUUUUUGAGGGGAUCUCUACCGAGGGUCCGGAUCAGGGGAAAGUCGUGAAAAAGGUUCUUACGGGAAAAAGAGCAUGUGGAAAGAGUGUUCAUUUGCUGCAGGCAAUGGCUAUGGGACUUUUGAAGAAAUGGGUUGUCAUUUCUAUUCCUGAUCCCCAAGAAUUGGUCAUUGCUCAAACCACGUACGCACCCCUCCCCGACACGAAUCCAGUGCAAUACGUCCAAGAAAAAGCGACAUCGGAGCUCCUCCAGCGCACCGUUCUCGCCAACGAAGAAGUUUUGUCAAAGUUGCACGUAUCCAUGGAACACCCCGAGCUCAAGUCACUCGUCAAACCAAAAACGACACUCGCCGAACUCGCUCGCCUGGGUGUCCAGGACGUCACAAUCGCCUGGCCCGUAUGGCAAGCCUUCUGGGCCGAAAUCAACGCAACUGCUCCAAAAACUGCACAGAAAGCAGACGACAAGGCACAAUCGACAUUCCAAAAUCGUCCCCCUCUCCUCGUCACAGUCGACGGUCUAGGUCACUGGAUGCAAGAGUCUAAGUACCGCAACGCAGACUUCAAGCCCAUCCACGCCCACGACCUCGCCCUUGUCCAGCACUUUGUGUCUUUACUGACACCGCAAUCCUCCAAUAAGCCCACAAUGCCCAACGGCGGAGUUGUGCUUUUUGCAACUUCAGGCUCAAACAGUCCCGCUGUACCAACUCUCGACAUAGCACUAGCCCAACUCAAAGCCCGUCAACAAGGCGUCGCGGAAUCAUCAGCUGAGUUUCCACAACCAGAUCCAUAUGCGGAGACCGACAAUAGGGUUUUGGACCUUUUCAAGCAGGCCGCUAGUAAAUCCUCGUCGUCGCCGCUCGAGUUACAGACUCUAGGUGGUCUGAGUCGCGAAGAAGCGCGCGGCUACAUGGAAUACUUCGCGCGAAGUGGCAUUUUGCAGGAGAAGAUUACCGAGGAAUGGGUCAGUGAGAAAUGGAGUAUUGCUGGUGGUGGAAUUAUUGGUGAGAUGGAGAAGUUGGGCAAGAGACUGAGGACUGUUCUAUAA